AUGUAUCGCCAGAUUCUAAUAGAGCCCGAGCAACACCGGUUUCAGCGGAUUUUAUGGAGACAAAAGCCGAGUGAUACGUUAACUACAUACGAAUUAAAAACCGUAACGUACGGUACAACAGCGGCAUCAUAUUUGACAUUACGGUGCUUAUUUGAGCUGGCGAACGAAAACGAAUGUAGAUAUCCAAAAGCAGCAGAAAUUAUUAAAACAGAUAUUUAUGUUGACGAUCUCCUAAGCGGAGCGGAUGAUUUAGAGGAAACAGCUCAAAUGUGUCUCGAUAUAAGUAACGUAUUAAAACAAGGUGGUUUUCAACUGCGAAAAUUUUAUUCGAACAAUCCAGACGUGUUGAAAUAUGUGGGUGAUAAUACUGAAAAUCAUCAUGUAAUUAAUUUUGGAGAGUAUGAAAAUGCAAAAACAUUAGGCAUUAUGUGGCAGCCUUCUGGCGAUAAAUUAGUGUUUAGUAUUUCUGACAUAUCUGAAACCAAGGUUUCUAAACGAAGCAUACUUUCUAACGUCUCACAAAUUUGGGACCCCUUGGGCCUCCUAUCGCCAAGUAUCAUUCUAAUGAAAAUAUUGCUGCAAAAGUUGUGGCUGGAGAGGCUAUCGUGGGACAAGGUAGUCCCAAUAAAAAUCGAAAGGUUUUGGAGUGAAUUUAAGGCCGAUUUGCCGGUACUAAACUCCUUGAGCAUCGCGAGACGCGCUAUAUGCCAAGGUGCUGUUAGGAUCGAAAUGCACGGAUUUUCGGAUGCGUCCGAAGAUGCAUUCGGAUCUUGUAUAUACCUGAGAUCUAUCGACGCGAAUGAUUCAACGGUAGUUUUGGGAUGGCUGAAGCAUCCACCCAAUCAAUUGAAGCCCUUCGUUGCUAAUCGUGUCGCCGAAAUCCAAGACUUGUCGGCAGCUGAUAGCUGGCGUCACGUACCGACUAAAAGCAAUCCCGCAGACCUCGUAUCGAGAGGUGUAAAACCCAGAAAUUUAUUGAAUAACUCGCUGUGGUGGGAGGGGCCUCCAUUUCUAAAAGAAAGAAAGGAGAGCUGGCCUGAAUGUCCUAACAAAAACGAAAAUUUGCCCGAUAUUCGUAAACAAAAGGUUAAUUUACUUAUCUCGUGUUCAGAAAAUGAUUUUAUUAAACAUUUUUCGGACGUAAAUAAACUCAAACGAAUCACCGCAUAUAUAAGACGUUUCUAUUUAAACUGUAAGGCCAAGGGAAAUCCUGAACUAAGUAAUAGUGGACCAUUGGAAGUUUCUGAAUUAGACGGUGCAUUAAACUGUUUGACAAAAUUAUCGCAAGGCGAAUUCUUUCAUCGUGAUAUUAACAAAUUGAACAAGAAUAAACCUGCCGCUGACUGCAAAAUUAUUAGUCUUAAUCCGUUUUUGGACCGCGAUGGCAUUUUACGAGUUGGCGGACGGUAUAAACCCACUCAAACUCAACCCAUAAUGGCGCCUUUACCAGAAAUGCGUUUGAAAUCGAGACAUCCGUUUGAAUUCGUCGGCGUUGAUUAUGCCGGACCUAUGUCGAUCAAAAAUAAAUCCGGAAGAGGAUACAAGGUAUCCAAAGCUUACAUAUGCCUCUUUGUUUGUUGCGUUACGAAAGCAGUACAUACAGAGUUGGUGAGUGAUCUUAGUACGGAUGCUUUUCUAUUGGCUUUAAAACGAUUUGUCUCCAGACGAGGCAAGCCCGCUUGUAUUUACAGUGACAACGGCACAAACUUUGUAGGGGCCAACAAUGCCCUAAAGGAACUGGGAAGGUUUAUUAUUAAUAACGAAACAAAUUUAACAAACUCCUUUCAAGCUGAUGACAUAACUUGGAAGUUUAUACCUCCGCGGUCUCCUCACUUUGGAGGACUUUGGGAAUCGGGAAUUAAAUGUAUUAAGUAUCAUCUAAGACGUGUUACAAAAGAUUUGUCAUUCACUUUCGAACAGUUGUAUACUAUAUUGACCGAAGUGGAAGCAAUUCUAAAUUCUCGACCAUUAUCGCCCCUAUCAGACUCUCCUCAUGACCUUCAUCCUUUAACACCAUCACACUUCUUAAUCGGUCGAUCAUCAAAUGCUGCUCCUGAGCCUAACAUAACCCACUUGCCGAGAAAUCGGUUAUCCAUGUAUCAGCAUCUAGCCCAAGUUAAACAGCACCUUUGGAAAAGAUGGAACAAGGAAUAUGUGAGCGAAUUACAAACGCGAACCAAAUGGAAAUUUAACUACGACUCGCUCAAGGCAAACACAUUAGUGCUACUAAAGGAGGACAACCAACCCCCAAUGAAAUGGAAACUAGGACGCGUGGAAGCCAUUCAUCCCGGCGCAGACGGCGUAGCAAGAGUAGCCACAAUCCGUACCACCGACGGCCACGCGGGGGGCAUGUUCAGUUUCCCCAGUAUGCCUGCGGAAAAGUGCGUAUCGGCAACGCCGCUUAAUAAGAGCUUCUUGGCGAGGCCACCUAUUAAAAAAGUGCGAACAACGAGUGCAAAAAGAGAUUCGAUUGGUUUUCCGUACUGA